GGGUCGGGCCCCGACGGGCGGCGGCGGCUGAGGUGGAGGCAGUGGGCGGCGGCGGCGGCGGCGGCGGCGGCGGCAGCAGCGGAGGCGGGGGGAAGAUGGCGGCGCCCGUGCUGCUGAGAGUGUCUGUGCCGCGCUGGGAGCGGGUGGCGCGGUGCGCUGUGUGCGCCGCGGGGAUCCUGCUGUCCAUCUACGCCUACCACGUGGAGCGGGAGAAGGAGCGCGACCCGGAGCACCGGGCCCUGUGCGACCUGGGGCCGUGGGUGAGGUGCUCGGCCGCCCUCAUCUCCAGAUGGGGUCGAGGAUUUGGUCUUUUGGGUUCCAUUUUUGGAAAGGAUGGUGUAUUAAACCAGCCAAACAGUGUCUUUGGACUUAUAUUUUAUAUACUACAAUUAUUACUUGGCAUGACAGCAAGUGCAGUGGCAGCUUUAAUCCUCAUGACAUCUUCCAUCGUGUCUGUUGUGGGGUCUUUGUACCUGGCCUACAUUCUGUACUUUGUGCUGAAGGAGUUUUGCAUCAUCUGCGUCACCACAUAUGUGCUGAACUUCAUUCUUCUUAUCAUCAACUACAAACGACUAGUUUACUUGAAUGAGGCCUGGAAGCGACAGCUGCAACCCAAGCAGGACUGACCACCUGACAGACUCUUCCUGACAGUCUGAAAUCCCUUUCUCCAUUAAGUUUAUUUCACAGCGGUUUUGUUUUUUUCACAACAAACACCCCAAGAAUCUUAAACUGAUUUUUUAAGAUACUGUAAAUUAGAAGGGGCCCUAGCUAUUUUCUGUGUCAAUCUUCAUUUUAAAUAUGGACACAAAAAAGGAUACGCCAAGCCAAUCAAAGACAAGCUUUAACCUUACUUUGAAGAUGUUUCUGAUAUAAUAAAAUGUAGCCCCAGCCCCCGUUCCUCAGUGAGCAACCAUUGAUAGUAAUUCUUUAAUGUGUAUAAAUUCAACUUCAGGUAUAACAAAUGUGAUCAUGACAUGAAAAUAUUUUAGAAUAGAUAACUAUUAAAUAUUGCCAUGUUUACAAUAUGUAAUAUGUUCUUAGCUGAUGGAUUGAAACAUGUAGAUUCAACUAGAAUCCAUUUAUGUGAUAUUUGUACAUACAGGUAGAAAUAUUGGAUCCAUCUCUGCAGAACUUACUGUACAGUUUAGGUGCAGGUAGCAAUGAGCAGUGGUCAGCUUGACGCUGACUGUGAAAUAGUGAGAACAAUAAGCCCAAAAGAGCAUCUUGUGAGAAGUACUGGCAGCCGUGGGUGCAGCAUCAACAGCAGAAGUAAUAGGGGGUGAAUUCCCUCUCACCUUGUUCUCAAAGGAGGCAGCUGUAUUCAAAUGUCCAAGACAAGUUCGGGGCUGGUCAUAAAACUGGAUCAAUUGCAGCCUUAGAGAAUGAGUGAGAACUUCAGGACACUGAAGUUGGGAAAACCGGUAUAUUCUUUGGGGGGAAAAAAACUGGAACUAGCAAUAUGGCAUAUUUAGGUACAGGCUCUUACAAUACAGCUGAAUUUUUAAUGCAGAUAUUUUUCCUUGAUAUUGGUGCCACUCAACCAAACAGUAUUAUGAUAAUAACCAGUAUAAACCCAGUCGCCUGAGUAGGUAGGAUUGCUCUCUGGUACCUCCAUAGUGUUUUCCCUAAUUGUUUCUUUCUGCACUAAGGAUUGUUAGUAAUUGUUCAGUCAAAUAUUGAAUCUGUAAAUGUCAGGGCUGAUGUGCAGCUCAGUUUGUUCAACUGGGAAAAGUCCUACCAGUAGAAGUAUCUGAAAGUGAAACGCAGACAUGUUGUCACUGCUGUUUCUGGCAGCACGAAGUUUUUGAGGAGAUUUGAAUAAGCCCGAAUGAAAUUGUGAUAGUAUGUUUCUGUGGUUAACAUCUUCUAUCAGAAUGUUAAAAGUGCCUUCUGUCUUAAAUCUCAAACCAAAUAUUUUGUGUGUUGAACUUGGGCAGAAGUGUCCUUCCUUCCUUACCAUGAAGCAGAAAAUUUGCACUCUCCAGAAAGGUUCUUUGUGACCAUUUUAUUCCUUAGAUUGAGAAGUGGUAGCAGUGAUUUUUGCUUCCAAGUAAUCAUUAUGUUAAAAAUAGUCAAAUAGAUUGGUAAAUUCUGAGUGCUUUAUUUGCCUUCGUUCUGAAGGGAGGAGACAGGCUCUGCUCUGUAAACUAAACCUGUAGAGCCAGCAGUUGUUCCAUAGUUUACAACCUUCAUAAAAUUGACACAUUGCACGUCUUGUGGCCCGAUGCAGGUGUGAAAUCUGAAUGGUCAUGAAUUUUUAAUGGGUUUUAACCAGUUUCUAAAAGAUAGCUUAAUUCAGAUUUCAUCGAGGCUUAUGUUUUCCCAUGAAUGUGAAUAUUUCAAUGCCUGUCUUACUCUGUAUGUACUAUUCUGGUGUUCUUAAGUGGUCAAAGAAUUCUAGGAAGCACUGAAUGUCUGGUGUUUGUGAAGAGACAAGUCCCCAUGUUUGAGAACUGUACAGUAAGGUCAUCUUGUAGCUGAGCACUCGGUUCUACCAAGGCAGUUGACUGGUUCUCUUUUCUAACUAGAGUGGAAAUGGCUUAACAAUGGAGACUUCUGUGAUUUUAUAUAUAUCGCAGUUGUGCUAAACAAGUUCCCCAUGUCCCAAUUUCAAGUGUUUGUUCUUUGUAUUUUGUAUUAAUCAGCAAAGUAUAGUUAAAGCUUGUCUUGAUGUUGCAUUCUUGCAAAUAUCUACAACUCUUACAUGAGAAAAUACAUAGAAAUGUUCAGCCAGACCCUUCAAAUCUUUCUUUUGCUUUCCUAAGCCUUGGGGGAACCACUGUUUCAGUAUAUAAAAUUUUUGCCACAUUCCUGUGACCCAAUAGAAUUCAUACCCUUUUUCUCACUGAGAGAUGAACAGGUGCUGCCGCAAAUAAUAGCACUUCCCGAAAUGCCAGUGUCUUAGUAAGUAACAGAAACCCUGCGCGUGCUGUGUACUCUUCCGCCCUGGAGGAAUUUAGGCUCUCCUUGCACCUUGGAUUUCACCCCAAGUGGGGAAACAGCUAUCAAACUUGAAGACUGUUAGGACUCUUUCCAACUGAGUGUUCAAACACUGCAGCAUUGCUGGCCACCUAUGUGGAAGAACAGCUUGAGGGGAAAUUGGUCUUAGCAGUAAUUCCACACUUCAUGUUUCUGAAGUGGUUCGCAACAAAUUAAGCUUCUUAUUUACUUAAGUCAUAAAUAUUUGAAGAAAUAAGAGAAGCUAUGGUUAGAUGACAAGUUCUAGGGAGUCUAAGUGGUUUGGAGGAUUUCAUUUGGUUAUUUCAGCUAGUUGAUAUCAGUGAGGGUAAACUUCUGAAAUAACUCAGGUUUAACUAGCUGUGCACCAGGAAUCACUCUGACUUGAUCUAUGUAGCCUCUCCUUAAAUUCAUUAUUAUUAAAGGAUGCUAAAACCAUUGAUUGUUUUCAUACAAAAAGACAAAAGAUUUUUCAUUUGGUACAAAGGAUCUUUGGACCCACCAGAACUCUCUGUUGGCUUUUAUUUGCUUCUUUUUCAUUUGUAUUUAUUUUCAAAAGACUGGCCUUCAGAAAGUGCAAAGACAUCUUGAGCAAUCACUUUGUACCUAGAUGGGCUGCUCUGCCUGGUGCCGCUGACCGAGGACAGGUGAGCUCAUCUGGAAAGUCAGUGUUGGAUGAACACCGACGAAGAGCCUGGUCUGCCCCUGCACCUGUCUGGAGAGCUGUGCCCAGUGUUGGACCUCUGUCCUAUGCUGUCCUCCAGCACAAGUACGGGCGCAACAUUUCUACUCAGACAUUGAGGGCAGCACUUAUGACUCCCAAUCUGUGAGAACCACCCUUCAGUAAGGGUAAGUCCCAGCCACUCGGUUAAACAUCUUUCGGACAAAUUCGUCCAAGAAAGGUGAAAGUAUCAAACUGUACUGAGCAUGGCCUAAGUAUUAGGUGUAUGAUCUAUAUAGUAUGUUCCAUCAAAAAUAUUUAUUAUUAGUGCUUUAAGCUCCUGAGUAAAUGUUCAUUUAAAAUGGAGUUCACUGGGCAGAUUUCCCCUUUAAUAUAGAUAGAAAUAUUCUUUAUCAGAGAUUUAGGAUACCAUUUUGCUAACUGGUAAACAAAAACAAAUGUAAAUAUGUAAGAAUGUUUAUUUGUUGCACAUAACUUUUUUGGUAUAAAAUAAAUGUAGAAGUUACCUGUGGAA